UAGAUUUAUACGCAUAUAUAUCUGCAAACAUUGGUUAAUAGGCAAACAAAUCGGAUAAUAUUGGACUUUCAACAUUUUGGGCAAAAUAGAAAUAAAACCUGGAUUUUUCCGACAGGACAAAUAUCAAAAUGCCAUUGACGUUAAAACAUUUUCGAUCUGGGAGUACUUAUCCCGAGCCAACCCCAGGAAAGCUGCGGCUGUACAGCAUGCAUUGCUGUCCGUACGCCCAAAGGACAAAGAUGGUGCUGCUUCACAAAGGCAUUGAUCACGAAACCGUCAACAUUCAUCUACAAGACAAACCUGAAUGGUUCUUAGAGAAAAUUACUCCCAUUGGCAAGGUUCCAACCAUCCAACUUGACGACAGGAUCGUUUUUGACUCGGUCAUCGUCAAUGAUUAUCUUGACGCCAUGUACCCUGAAACUAAAUUGAAUCCAGAUGACCCUUACCAGCUGGCAAGUGACCGGAUGUUAUUGGAGAAAUACGGGAAGUUCAUUGGUGCUUUCUACAAAGUAAUGUUAAGCCACACAGAGGACAAGGAAGACAUCGAGAACAUGUUCUCUGCCUUAGAUGGAUUCGAACUUGAUGUAAAGAAGCGAGGGACUCCUUUCCUUGGAGGCGACAAGCCGAAGAUGGUGGAUUUAAACGUCUGGCCUCACAUGAUGAGGAUACCUCACCUGGCUUACUCCUUUAAUAAUCCGGAAGUGGAGUUAUCUCCUGACAGGUUUCCGGCAGUGACGUCAUGGAUAAACAACAUGGGGAAAGUACCCGCAGUCCAACAGACAAAUUUGGAUAAAGACCAUUACAAACUGUUCAUUGAAUCGUAUAUUGCUAAGAAAGUUGAUUAUGAUGUGUUCAUAGAGGAAUGAAAUGACAUUUGUAGAUUCGUCGAAGAAAAUGGUCAUACUUCUGACUUUAUAUUCAUGCAUAACUAGUCAUCACUGCUCAUCCGAGAAGUGACAAAAUAUAUUACAGAAGCAUGGUUAUAAUUUUAGAAACUCACACGGUUAAACCGCCUUUAUUUAUAAAAAGAUAAACAUAAGAAACCUU